UGCGCUUUGCACAACCCUAGGCAAUUGGAAAAGAAAUGUUAUUUUAAUUGCAAUACUAAAGUGCUCGAUUGGCCUGAUCAACAGCGUGUGUAAACAACAUUCAAUUAGCAAGCGUAACUGCACUCGUUGUAGUUGUAGUUGUUGUUGCAUACAUCCCUCCCCACUAGCGCUGCAGUGAGCAGAUCUCGGCCACCCACACACACACACACACAUAAAUACACAGGCAGAAAUAGACAAGCGACUCUUACCGUUGCCACACACAUACACACACACACACACUCAAAAUGGAUCGCAAGGCUGAGUUGGAACGCAAGAAAGCUAAAUUGGCUGCUCUGCGCGAGGAAAAGGAUCGUCGUCGACGUGAGAAGGAAAUUAAGGAUAUGGAAGAGGCCGCCGGUCGCAUUGGCACUGGCGCUGGCAUCGACAAAGAUCAACGCAAAGAUUUGGAUGAAAUGCUCUCAUCAUUGGGCGUAGCACCUGUUUCUGAAGUCUUGUCCUCAUUGUCCUCAGCCAAUUCCCUAACAUCGGAUAAUUCCAAUACACAAACACCCGAUGCCAGUCUACAGGCCAAUGUCAAUGGACAAAGCGGCGUGAAGAAGCAGCAGCAGCAGCCACUCAACUUGAGCGUUUAUAAUGUGCAAGCCACAAACAUUCCACCAAAGGAGACACUUGUCUAUACGAAACAAACACAAACCACCAGCACCGGCGGCCAUGAGCGUGAUGUUCUUUCUUGCCACUCCUCGCCUCUGUCAGGAUAUAUGGAGGACUGGUGGCGUCCACGUAAAGCUCAUGCUACGGAUUAUUAUGAUGAAUACAAUCUUAAUCCAGGUUUAGAGUGGGAGGAUGAAUUCACAGGAGAUGACGAAGAGAGCUCGCUGCCGCAUUUGGAUCAUGGGUUCAGUUCCAAGCUGCCGCCAGGCUAUCUAACACACGGACUGCCCACCGUCAAGGAUGUGGCCCCAGCCAUAACACCGCUCGAACAAAAGAAGGAGCAGGAAGAGAAGAAGGAGGUCAAGGAAUUAUCGGAGGAGCAAAAACAAAUGAUAAUACUAUCGGAGGACUUUCAGAGAUUCGUUCUACGCGCCGGACGUGUCAUUGAGCGUGCGCUCUCGGAGAACGUGGACAUCUAUACGGACUACAUUGGCUGCGGCGACAAUGAGGAGGCAAACGACGAGCGCUCGCAUGCACGUCUAUCGCUGAAUCGUGUCUUCUAUGAUGAGCGUUGGUCAAAGAACCGCUGUAUUACCAGCAUGGAUUGGUCAACGCAUUUUCCAGAGCUGGUUGUUGCCUCGUAUCACAAUAACGAGGAGAGUCCCAACGAGCCGGAUGGCGUUGUUAUGGUUUGGAAUACGAAAUUUAAGAAGCAAACGCCUGAGGAUGUGUUCCACUGCCAGAGCGCUGUCAUGUCCACCUGCUUUGCCAAAUUCAAUCCCAAUCUAAUACUCGGCGGCACCUAUUCGGGCCAAAUCGUGCUCUGGGACAAUCGUGUCCAGAAGCGUACGCCCAUUCAACGCACUCCUUUGAGCGCGGCCUCGCACACGCAUCCCGUUUACUGUUUGCAAAUGGUGGGCACACAGAAUGCACACAAUGUCAUAUCCAUAUCGUCGGAUGGCAAGCUCUGCUCGUGGUCGCUGGACAUGCUGUCACAGCCGCAGGAUACGCUUGAGCUGCAGCAGCGCCAGUCAAAGGCCAUUGCCAUUACCAGCAUGGCCUUUCCGGCCAAUGAGAUUAACAGCCUCGUUAUGGGCAGUGAGGAUGGCUAUGUGUACUCCGCCUCGCGUCAUGGUCUGCGCUCGGGCGUCAAUGAGGUCUUUGAGCGCCACUUGGGUCCCAUUACCGGCAUCUCCACGCACUACAAUCAAUCGUCGCCCGACUUUGGACACUUGUUCCUCACCUCUUCCAUUGAUUGGACCAUCAAGUUGUGGUCGCUCAAGGACACCAAGCCCUUGUAUUCGUUUGAGGACAACUCGGACUAUGUGAUGGAUGUGGCCUGGUCGCCUGUGCAUCCUGCCUUGUUUGCUGCUGUCGAUGGCAGCGGUCGUCUUGAUCUGUGGAACCUCAAUCAAGACACCGAAGUGCCCACCGCUUCGAUUGUAGUCGAUGGUGCGCCAGCGCUAAAUCGCGUCUCCUGGACGCCAUCUGGCCUGCAUGUCACCAUAGGUGAUGAGGCUGGCAAGCUGUAUGUCUACGAUGUGGCCGAGCACUUGGCGCUGCCAUCGCGCGAUGAAUGGUCGCGUUUCAAUGCAACGCUCAACGAGCUCAAGAUGAACCAAAACGACGAGGUCUAGACGCACACACACACACACACACACACACAGAACCACAUAGACAACACCUUAACUAAAAGUCUUUAUAGAGACAGACAGCAUGUGUUUCAUUUGAUUUCAAAUGCGUUUUCGUUUUCAUGCAGCGCGGGAGAAAAAGAAAAACCCAAACACACAAAUAAUU